CACAUGCAAAUAUUCCUUGUAAAAUUUUCUAAAUAAUUAUUGGUCAAUUUUUUAUAAAACUGGUCAUUUACUUAAUAUAGUAAUUAGUAAAUAGAUUAUAUAAUACUUACGCGAAAAAGAAGUUGAAGUAAUUUUUCGCGUUUGGAGUUAUUUAAAUGGCGGAAAAUUUAACUUGCAAUUACCUUCCCGGUAUUUGUUAUAUAUGUCAAAAGUGUUUGCGUUGUUUCAAACUUCCACAAGAAAAUCCGUGCAAGUGUCAGAAAGAUAAAAUAUCAAGAGUUAAAAAACCACUGCAUGGACAACAAAUAUAUCAACGUGCUUAUACUACAAACCAAAUUUUUCCAAAACUCAAUAAUUUUUUACUAGAUAUAAAUACUAAAUUUGGUUACAAUAAUAAUUUUGAAAAAAACUUUUCCUAUACUACUUGCAGUGCUUGUAAUAGUAAACUUCAACGAUUAAAAACUAGUGAUAAAAAAUCUCAACUAAAAAGUAACAAAAAAAGCAAUAGGAGAGCUCAGAUAAACAAUGAAGAAAUCAUUUCAAUAGAUGAUUUGCCAACAGAAAAUAGUAAAAGAAAAGUGGGAAGUUAUAAUAAUAAGAAAGAAAACGAAAAAGACAAUGAUAAUGAAAUAGAAGAUGAAGGAGACGAUGAUAAAGAUUUUAAUAAUAAAGAUGAUGAUUAUUAUGACAAAGAUAGUGAUGUUAAUGAUGAAAACUAUGAAGAAGACGAUGAUAAUGGAGAUUAUGAUGAAGAAAGUGAUAAUGACAAUAAAAAAUAUGAAGAAGUUGAUAUUAUUGAGGAAAUAAAAAUACAAUUAGUUGUAAAAAAUAAUAAUAUAAAAAUCCCUACAGCAAAAACUCUAACUAUUCGGCCUGCUAGUUAUAAAAAUUUUACAGAAAAAAUAAAUUUAGCAACUAAAAAAAUUCUAGAAAAAGAAACAAAAUCAAAAUACAGUUAUACUAUUUCGUAUAAAGCUGUAAAUGCAUGUUGACCAUCAAAUACACUUGAAGAUAAAUUGGAUUUUCAGGAAUUUAUUAGUGAAUAUCAAAAGGUAACAUUAACUGGGAAAAAAAUGUCAGUGAUAGUGGUAGUAAUUGUGAAGAAUAACGUGACAGAAAAAAAAAAUAGGAAACAUAAAAAGCAUUCUGAUGAUAAUAUUAGAUCAUCUUCUGAAGAAAUUGAAAUACAAACCAAAAAGAAAAAGAAAUCUCG